AUGGCUCUUUUAACACCUCAUCCAGCUUCCCAAUAUCGGCCCAAAGCCAAGCUUCACAUAGGAUUGCAGCUUCUCCAUGGCACUACAGCCACCACAGGGCCUAGCCCAGUAACUAUGGAUGCAGCAGCCACAACCAACAUCUCAACAUUCCAUCUGGAACCUAGCCAGCACCUGGCAUUCUGGAUUGCUUCCCCAAUAUCAGCCCAAAGCCAAGCUUCACAUAGGAUUCUCCAUGGCACUACAGCUACCACAGAGCCUAGCCCAGUAACUAUGGAUGCAGCAGCCACAACCAACAUCUCAACAUUCCAUCUGGAACCUAGCCAGCACCUGACAUUCUGGAUUGUGAAAAUUGGUCAUGUUUCUGUUCUUUCUGUUAGGAGUCAUGUCCUCCAAAUCAAACCAAGGAAUAUUACAAGAAUUUCUGAAUUUCUUCUGCUUGGACUUUCAGAGGAGCCAAAGUUGCAGCCCCUUAUGUUUGGGCUUUUCCUCUCUAUGUAUCUGAUCACUGUAGUUGGAAACCUGCUUAUCAUCCUGGCCACCAUCACAGACUCCCACCUGCACACGCCCAUGUACUUCUUCCUCUCUAACCUGUCGUUCGUAGACAUCUGUUUCACCUCCACCACUGUCCCAAAGAUGCUGCUGAAUAUACAGACACAGAGCAAAGCUAUAACCUAUGCAGGCUGCAUCACCCAGAUGUACUUUUUUCUAUUCCUUGCAGUGUUGGACAUUUUUCUGCUGACUGUGAUGGCCUAUGAUCGGUACGUGGCCAUCUGUCACCCCCUGCACUACACAGUCAUUAUGAACCCCUGGAUUUGUGUGUUACUGGUUAUGGUGUCCUGGCUCAUGAGUGUCCUAAAUUCUUUGUUGCAAAGCUUAAUGGUGCUGUGGCUGUCCUUCUGUACACAUGUGGAAAUCCCCCACUUUUUCUGUGAACUCAAUCAGGUGGUCCACCUUGCUUGUUCUGACACCUUUCUUAAUGACAUGGUGAUCUAUUUUACAGCUGUGCUGCUGGGUGGUGGCCCCCUCAGUGGGAUCCUUUACUCUUACUCUAAGAUAGUCUCUGCCAUACGUGCAAUCUCAUCAGCCGAGGGAAAGUAUAAAGCUUUUUCCACCUGUGCAUCUCACCUCUCAGUUGUCUCCUUGUUUUAUUGUACAAGCAUGGGUGUGUACAUUAGUUCUGCUGCUACCCACAACUCACAGUCAAGUGCAACAGCUUCAGUGUUAUAUGCUGUGGUCACACCCAUGCUGAACCCGUUCAUCUACAGUCUGAGGAAUAAAGACAUAAAAAGGGCUCUGAGAAGAUUCUUUGGGAGGGAACCUAUUAAAGGAUCAACUGUACUGAGACUGAAGACAUGCCCUCAUUAG